GGACAUAAAGCUGAACUCAGAAUGAAGAUUCUUCUCAUCUUGACACUGCACCUGAUCUCAGACUCAUGCCGUGGUAAGACCAUCAAUGCCUAUGUAGGAGAAACUGUGAACAUCAGCUGCCGUUACCCAGAAUCCCACAGGAGUGAACCCAAGCUUUUCUGCAAGAGACUGGACACUGGUGGCUGUAAUUAUAUAGGAUCGGUGAAUAAAACAGGAAAACCAGAAACUAAAAAAAACAUAUCAUUGUAUUAUGACAAAGAAAAGGAAAACUUGAAUGUGACUAUAAGAUAUGUAACAGUGCAGGACUCUGGUGAAUACUGGUGUGGAACUACAUCAGACUGGACAACUGAUCAUGGACUCAAGAUUUAUAGUACACAGAUCUACCUGCAAGUUGUAGACCCUGCCAGUAACCAAGCAGAUUCUGUCUACCAGAGUCUGAAUCUUGCCAACAACCAAUGAGAUUCAGUCUACCAGAGUCUGAACACAGCCAUUAAUGUCACUUAUCCUUAUGCUCCAAACCAUA